AUGAGCUGUCUUCCUGUCGAUUGCCCAAGCUCUCCCUUCACCGGGCUCAAGGGCGAAGGUGGUCACUUGGAGCAGCAUGAUAUCUGCGUUCGGCACACCUCCUUGUUACUUCAACGGACGCGAAGAAGGCAUCUCUGA